ACUUUUUGGUUUUUGUCUAAUUGUUAUCAGUGUUUUGUGGAUGAUUCCCUUUUAUUGCUUUGUUCCUCUCAUUAAUAUUUAUGUUCUUCGUUCCCAAUUAAUUGAUUUUGGCUCUAAGAUGUAAUUCAAAGGUCUUAGCCCAUCAAUACAUUCAAACCUUCAAGUGUCAGGAGUGGAAACUUCCGAUUGGGAAUGCUAUCAAUCAAACUUUAGCGUUAAGAAAGAUGUCUUGCCACUUAAAGCCCUUUGCUAAAUUACUGGACCUUGACAGCAUUCAAAGGAGUCUUUCUUUUCCAGAAAUUACCGAAAAUGCAGGCGAAACGGAAACUCAGAAACACGGAAAGUCGGACACAAGUUCAACUGAUUCCAAAUGGCUGAAAGACUGUCAUAUCAGUGUGUCACCAACUGGUGAAAUGAUGGUCAUCGCUAAUAAGCAUAACAUGAUCAUUCUAAAUUCCAAAUGGGAUGCGCAGGAAGAAAGUGAAGUGAAAAUGAAAUACCGUGUCUCAGAGUGCAUCGAUCCUCGGCAGAUUGAAAAUGAAACUGUUACAUCAGUCCUCGUCUUACCGCUAGCUAUCGCUCAAAAUCGAAAAAGUUCGGUGGCCCAAGCAGAGUGGAUUUGCAUAAUGGUCGGUUUUUCUACAGGAUAUGUUCGAUUUUUCACUGAGCUUGGCUUACAACUACUGUCCCAUCCUCUGCACGAUGAACCCAUUUUAAAACUUAAGUGUCAAUCAUAUCAACCUGGCAGACAUUCAAUGUGUGGUGAACAAUUAGAGGAGGUGUAUGUAGUUUAUCCGUCCUGUAUUUGUAUACUCCCCGGACCGCUGUUGUUCAAUGUUCUCAGAGCCUGCCGCAAUCAACUUGCUAGAGUGACAGCAAAUUGUAGUGAUAUUGUUCCAACUCCUCCACUGACGUUCAAAAAAUGGGGAUACAAACAGGGACAAGUUACCGAUAGUGCGGUGGUUGGUCUCACAUCAGCAAACAUGUUUCAACACCUGUACACUGCAUCUGUAUGUGGGGGUUUUAAUUCAUGGUAUCAAAGUAGUGCGCCGCAAAGCACGCUGGUGGUUGCCUCUGGCAAGCCUUUCUUGGGUUUUCACUAUGUCUUGGGUUCAGGAUCUCAACAGAUCCUUUCGGAUCUGGCGAAGUUGGUCACCAACAAACUGAAGUCAGCUCUUGGUAACGUUGUAUCUGGUUGGUUGGGAGGAGGCGGUCGCAGAGGAUCUGCAUCAUCAGAAAAACAAGCUCCUGUGAUUGAGCCACCAGAGGCUAUGUCUAUCAGGUUUGGGUUGAACGAUGUUAACCGGCAGAGCUCUAGUGUCCUCCUCUCUCCGCAGCGCAAUCUGGCUGCGAUUUGUGAUAAUUUAGGUAGAGUUAUUCUUGUGGACUGCAACUCAGGACUUGCUAUUAGGAUGUGGAAAGGAUAUAGAAAUGCACAGUGCGGCUGGUUAGAAGUGAAGGAGGAGGAGAGAAAAGCUCGCGGGCAUAGGAGAACAGCCCUAUUUCUUGUCAUUUACGCCCCUAAGAAAGCUCUGAUUGAAAUCUGGGCCAUGCAACAAGGACCAAAGGUUGCUUCUUUUCCUGUUGACAAUUACGGCAGGUUGGUUUAUAAUAAUUAUGAACUAAUGUGCGGUAAUGGAACCUCAAGAAAUAGCAAUCAAGGCCUUAUCAACUCAUGUCUCUUUAUCGAUCCACUUGGUCAGAUUAGCGAGAUAUUUGCACCAUUUCAUUGUGCUUUGAAUACGGAGAGCAGUGUUCGAGCCCAGGACAUUCAUCUUGUGAAGAAUUUACGGCAUAGCCUACACAGUGAUGAGACAAGUGAAGAAAAAUUAAUCGAAGAAGUGAAAAAAACUGCCAUGAAACUUAAAACGUUUGAUAUGAAAUCUCAGUGCCUGGAUCUCUUAAUUAAUGACAAAUACACUUCCCCAUCAUUACUGUCUGCGUUUCUGGAUAAUCUUGAGUCAAACACAGAAGACGAAAUGUCGUCGGAUUUAAAUCCAGAGCAUAAGGAGUUAUACAUCAAAGUCCGUAAUUUAAGAAGUCUGGUAUCAUUCUAUCAGUUUGUCCAUGCAUUACAUCUGAAACCGCCUGAAUACUCUACCGUAGUCGAAAGUGAUGAUAAGCACGUAGAGGCUCUUUGUGAAACUUUGCAAAUCACUGAGGAAGAAUUUGAACGACUGAAUUGUUUGGUUCGAUCAAGUGACAUGGUUGAUGAAGGGAAAAGUCGAGCGAAAGUGACCUUUAGCUCAAAUAAAGGAGAAUUUUCAGAAUUCCUAAAUUCUUUCAAUUUGAACGCAGAAAAUGGAGUCAUCUCAUUGGUGUGUGAUUUUGCAGAGGAAAAAUUGUUCCGCAUCAGUGAAUUAGUUUGUCAGGGGGCAGCAGGGAAGUGUUGUCCCAUUGUCGAAUGGCAAUCUGCUUGUAGAGAAAGCCAAAUUAUGUCUUUUGAUUUGCUAAAAAUCUUACUCAAGUAUUGGCUAAAGAAAAAACAUCAGUCUAAGCUGUAUUACAUCGAAAUGCUAAAUUUUACAAAACUCAUAAUUGCAGUUUGCCAGUUGAAUGGUAUCAAGUCUCAUUUCUGGCCGGAGCUGCGAAAAUUAAUUGCUGCAAGCACCGAUUGCAUUUCGGCCUUGUCGAUUUCAUUUAUUUUCAGAGGAGUAGCUGCAAUGUUUGAGAAGAUCGUAGUAGAGCACUUGGAUAAAAACUCAAAGGAGUCGUUGGUAGCAGCUGAUGAUGAGGAGGCAACAAAAGUCUACAACUUAGAGGACUGGGAAAACGUCUCCGCGGAUGGUUGUGAGUGGAGUCAAAUGAUCGAUGACCUGACAGAAGUUGCUGCUUUGUGCACAACUCUAUGCAAGGUUAGCAUAAGAUCCUUUAGCUCUGAAUGCAGUGUUGCCCAUUUGCCUUACGAAAACCCAUCCAUCAACUUGAAUAGUUUACUCAGUGAGGGAAAAGGUUUUAUCUGCGAACUGGUUGCAAAAUGGCUUGGUGCCAAUGCAAUCCAUCCGGACUUCAUCAUCGACAAAAAUGACAUUGAAUUCCACUUGAAUAAUGUAGAAAGCCCCAAAGCGAACGCUAAGCGGAAACGAGACAGCUCUCCUCCAAAAAAAUCGCUCAUGAGUCCCAUACUAGAAGGCUCUUAUGUAGAGGUUGAUGAGAGUCGUGAAGCAAAACCUGUAAAUCAGCAUGAAGCGUAUAUUUUAGAAAGUCUAAUCCAGUUAAAAAAACACUUCCCGUACAUUUUGUCCAGUAGUAAUAUACUUGCAAACCUAGCUUGGGAGUACAUAUUAGCGUGGCAGAGGUCGCUAGAGACAAUGGAGCUGUUUUCCUCCGCUGUUCAGUGUUUGCGACUAACACCAAGUCUAGAUCUGAAGCAAGGUUUGUGUUCACUGAUAUGGACCACUCAUCUGCAGCAGAGGUUCGAACUCGCAGUACGGCUCAUCCACAAAGUGGGGAAAGUUCCGAAAGAAAGAUUGUGUAUGCAGGACGUAGGCUUCAGUGAUGAGAAAAUGACAACAUUCCUCUCUAUUUGCUCACAGUUUAUUGAUGUCUUUGUAGAGGCUGCUGCUGUAGCCGGGAUCAGUCCAAAAUCGAACAGACACAAGCAGAAGUUGUACAAGCAGAUUAUGCUGUGCCGUUUGGCAUCAGAGCAGGCAGAGCCUAACUUUGAUCUACUGUGCAUUAUUCGACAGUGCGUUGAGGCGUUUCUCAUCCUAGCAACGUUUAACUUGAAAACAACGAAGCCACUUCAAGCGCUCUUCGACUCCAACAGCCAAGCAGCCAUGUUUUCAGAUAUUACAAAGCAGCCUCAGUUGCAGAUAUCUCGACAAGGUAUGGAUGUGAAACUGAUAGAAUCUCGUGUGAAAUUCUUGAAGCGCGCAGUUUCCAGUGCUGUUCAAUUAAUAGAAAAAACCGUAAAUCAGAAUAAUGAAAUUGAUCUGAACACUGUGGCUACAAUCGAUUGGAUAAGCAAAAUUAUGUCUCUGGUCUCAGACUGGGCCAUUUCACCAGACAUCAUCAGAAUGCAUUAUGUUUGCGAACUCUAUCAUAAUGGGUAUGAUAGGUUAGCAGAAGAGAUUAUUCCUGCAGUGAGGGAUCAAGAUGAAAUGGGUACGCAGUUGCUGAUCAUAGCCGGACAGCGCAUUAAACAAUUCAUCAUUCAAUCUCAUCAGUUCCGAGAAACCACAUCAAAUCUAAGUCCUGCCGUGACAUCAUGGCUAGCCUCUUUGGAAGAAAAUGAAACUAUGCAGCCGUCCAAUACACCAGAUAUCGGGCAACUCCUAAGGACAGUCAUAAGCCUGUUGCCAGAUAACCACAAAGAUAAAGCUUUAGCUUCACUGGUACUUGAAGGAUUGCCAUCCUGCGAUCGGUAGCACAAAGAAUGAUUUGAAGUUCUUGCGGAUGGAAGUUUCUGAAGCGCCCUGAAGGGAAAUUCCCUUCGACAUUUUCUCAAGUGUUGUUGUAAAACACUGUACAUUUAAGAUAAAUGAAAAAAUUGAUGCCUAGACACAGUAUCUAAGUGAAAGAAUUUGCCGAGUCCAUGCCAUAUAGUUGUACAAAUUUUUAGACUGAAACUGAAGAUCCACCAUCUUCAUUCUUGCAUCUGCUCUCAAUGCUAAACUGAUGUCACUUGGUACCUUGAUGCAGUCUAAAACUCUUUGAACUUACUUGGCUUGGACUCUAUUUAAUAAAAAAAAAUCCAAUUUCUAACACCCUGGCAUGAAUUUCUUCAUUCACUGAGUUAAAAUUGAUGCUAAGUAUACAAAUUGAAACGUAUUUGAAUACAUUAGCCACUAAUGUGAUAUUAUUUAUUAACCUUCCAUGCUCACGCAGUUGUAAGGGUACAUUUAUUUGUUUGCAUGAAUUUUGAUAUGAUUUAUUUUUCUGUUGUUUUAGAAUUUUAGAGAGUUUUAUUUGUUACCUACUUGAGGAUUUAAGUUGUUGAUACUUGUGGGUUAAGACUAGUUGUUUUCUGACUUAUAUGCAUUUAAGUGAGAAGUAUUUUCUCCCAAAGGAAACGAGAAACAUUAACCGUACUGAAAUCUUGAGUAAUGAUUCAGUUCGAGACUUGCAAAUAAGAUAGUUCAAAAAAUUGAUGAGCUCUUGAAUCCGUUGUUGAUUAUAAUGAGCUUGGCCUGUAGGCUUUUGAAUGUCUGCCUUUUUUGUGUGUUGAAUUUUAAAAUUAAGUGAACUGAGUUCUAGCUGCCUUAAACUACUUCAUUUUUAAAGAAGAGAGGAAACCAAGCAAAGCCUGAUAUAGAUUGGCCGAUUCCAGUUUAAUCUGUCUCAUUGGACUGUAUUUAGCAGUGAGGAACUACAA